UGGCCUACGGUAUUACUAACGUCUAUUCGAAAAAAUACCAACACGUUGGUAGCAAUGAGUCAGACACUGCGUCGAAUGUCACUAGAAACACAGUCUGAGCUCUGUUUGAUUAUGCCGCACUGUGUCGUUGUUGGAAAGCACCGUGUUGAACACAGUGUUGAUCUGUGCGACUGUGUUCGUAGUUGGAAAGCACCCGUUAUCACGCCGAAUUAUGGAGAACUCCGAAAACGGAAGUAUUAGAACACCCUGAUCAAAAAUGAUCAAGAACCAUCAAGGACUAUUUGACACUUUUGAGCCGUCGAUUCUUUACCUUUGUUUCAUCAAUUUGUGUUCAUAUCAGUGGGUUUUAUAUUUUGGAAUUUUUGAUACCCCGCUCUGAUUGCAUAGAUGAAAUGCAAACACACAGAUUUUGAAGAAGUACCGAAGUAACGGUAUGUGCACCACGUGGAUCUAGCUGAAGGCGGAAAACACUCUCCUCGGAGGUUAUAGGCAGGUAGGCAGAGCAUAAAAUCGGGAGCGGGGUUGAAAUAACAGUAAGUGUUUAUUAAUCGUUUAGGAGCACUAAUCUCAAUAGUAUAGAGAUCAGUGUUUAGGAGACUUUUAUUCGACAUUGCCGAAAGUGGUCAUGGGGUUGUGGCGUAUAAUGUAAGGUCAAUGCAUGAAGAUUCAACCAAAUAUAAGGAUCAAGGUGAUUCAUAUCAAUAUUGAAUAACGCGUUGACAUAUCGACGACACGUUUCCCUACUGUAUACUACUGUUUUCUCCGCGGUCCUCAUGUUUUCCUUCAUUCAGCUACUGCAAAAACCAUACACCGUUGCUUUCUUGUUCAUCGAGGCUGUUAUUUUAAUCGUUAAUUAUUAACGAGGACGGUCACGCAUGGACUUCAGAAGUAACUAGAUGGAAAAUGAAUGUGUAAAAUUUUAAAACCGCACAACUGUACUUCGAGAAAGUAGUUGUGUUAGAGAUCAAAGCACAUAGAAAUUAUUAUACCAACUUGCUGUGUCUGUUUCACUAUGUGCUGGACAUGGCUUGGUAUACCCUGAAGGGAUAUUGCAAUACAUUUCGAAUUAUUUUUCAUAUUCGAUUUCUUAGCACCAUGAGCAAUUUGAAUUCCCCACAAGUGAUUGCCACGGCAGUCGCUGCAGCAUUUGGCGUGAUCGGGGCGGUUGGCCUUUUCGUUUACCAUAAAAUUCGAGAACAACAACAGACCGAGCAAGUAAAAAGAGAUCUGAAUAACCUAAGUGAAACUAUGGCUAUGCUACAAGCCCAAUUGGAUAAUCUUAGGAUGCAACAGCAUAAUCAACGUAGAAAUAGAGAAAGAACAUUACGGCGUCGACAAAUUAAUAAAAAUGGUAGUACCUAUACUGCAACUGAUAAUGAUACGGACGUGGAUGCUUUUUCAACAGCUGAUACAGACUUUGAUGAUGAAGAAUUCUUUGAUUUUUCUGACAUGGAAUCAGGGGAUGGAGACAAUGAAGGGAAAUCAGGAGCAACAAAUGAGCUCGACCGACAACUUCUUGAAACCGAUGAACUGAUUGAAGGUGGGACAGCUAGCAGCAUCGAAAGCGCCCUCAGUAAACUACAUAUUUUAUUUGUCAAGUAUCCAGAUAAUCUCGAAGUUGUAUGGAGGUUGGCUAGAGCUUGUCACAAGUGUUCGACCAACACAACAGAGCGCAGCAAAAAGCAAAAGUUCAUUGCUGAAGGUAUUGAGGCUUGCCAGGUAUUUGAAGAUUCAGAUAACGCAGAUUUUCACAAAUGGUACGCUAUCCUAAUAGGAGCACAGUCAAUGUUCCUUCCGAUAAGAGAAAAAAUAGAUAGUGGUCAUCGAUUCAGGAUGCACCUUGACAAGGCUUUAGAUCUUAGACCAGAUGACCCUGCCCUUCAUCAUUUAUUGGGGAGAUUUAAAUAUGAAGUCGCUAGUUUAUCUUGGCUUGAAAGAAAGAUUGCAUCAACACUGUUUGCUGAACCUCCAAGUGCUACCUUCGAUGAAGCAAUAAUUGACUUUGAGCGUGCUGAAAAAUUGACUGAUAGACCAUUCAAAGACAAUAAGUUACUUCUUGGUAAAAGUUACAUAGCAGUUGGUCAGUAUCAAAAUGCAGUUAGAUGGCUUGAAGAAACUAGUACAGUUCCAACAUCGAACGAAGAAGAUCGUUUCUCACAAAUUGAGGCAGAUCAACUUUUAUCAAAAUAUUCUAAAUACCGUUCGAAAUGAAAACUAGAGAAACUAAAUUGUAUAUAGAAUGUAUGCCCAUUCCACAUACUGAUCAAAAUGUGCAUUGAGUUAUCGCACAAAUGGUGCUUGGUGUUAUAUAACUUUAUCUAAGAACCAAAAAAUGAUGUGUGCUAUACACGCUUGAGCGGAAAAGAAAAAACACGAAAAACAAAUUGUAAGAUAUUGUGUAGGUUAAUUCAGCAGUAAUUCAGUCCUAACUGGCCUCACUUUUUUUUUUAUUAUGUAUUGUAGCUGAGUGCAUACACGGUUUGAACUGUAAA